AUGAAAGUUGACGAUUUUCUGCUCAGCGAAUUAUGGCACUACGGACCUACCUGGUUAAAAAUUCCAUCGGUGGCAUGGCCAAUAUCGGAUCCAAGGCAAACAAUCUCAGAAGACAUUCUAGAAAGACGCAAAAUGGUGGCGGCAGUCCAAAGCAUGCAAGCCGUGAAUGAAAUAUUCGGCAAAUACUCUUCUUAUCACCGGUUGCUACGAGUUACAGCAUACUGUUUCCGCUUCAUUCAUGCCUUUCGACCGCCAAUGUCGUCGGAGACCAUAGUAAAACCAAAGCACCUCACUGUGGAUGAAAUAUCGAACGCGCUUACAAACCUUAUAAAGCUAGCCCAGGCAGACGGAUUUGCAGAAGAAUUAAGAGAUUUGGGAAAAGGAAAGCCUGUUUCUAAUCACUCGCAUUUGCGGCUACUGAAUCCGUUUAUCGAUUCCGACGGAGUCAUCCGAGUUGGAGGGCGUUUGAGACUUUCUGAGCAGCCUUACCUAACCAAGCAUCCAAUCCUACUACCCAGUUCCCAUCCUUUCACACGAUUAGUUAUCGAGCGUUUCCACCGAAAACUGCUUCACGGUGGCGACAACGCAACGUUAGCGGCUAUUCGACAAGAAUAUUGGCCCAUUCAUGGACGUCGAUCAGUCAACAAUAUGUCAGAAAAUGCUUCCGAUGCACACUCUCCCGUUCCCGCCAAGCAAAUGACAGGUCAGUUACCUUUCCAACGAACCACUCCCGCACGUCCGUUUGCCGUCACUGGAGUGGACUACGCAGGCCCAGUCUAUUUAAAGCCGAUACAUAAACGCGCCGCAGCAUACAAAGCAUAUCUCAGUAUUUUCGUUUGUUUCGUAACGAAGGCCGUACACAUUGAGCUGGUAGGCGAUCUAUCUACUGCUGCCUUUCUCACUGCAUUACGAAGAUUUAUUGCUCGUCGUGGUUGUCCGUUGCACAUACACUCGGAUAACGGUAAAAACUUUGAGGGUGCCCGCAAUGAACUUCACGUUUUAUACAAACAGCUACACGAUAAAAAUUAUGUAGGAGAGAUUGCAGAAGUAUGUGCAAAUCAGGGGAUCCAGUGGCAUAUGACACCACCGAAAGCCCCACAUUUUGGUGGGCUAUGGGAGGCCGCAGUGAAGGUGGCGAAAAAGCACUUACAUCGGCAGCUAGGGAACGCCAUGCUAUCCUUCGAGGAUAUGGCAACGGUGCUUGCAGAAAUCGAAGCAGCAAUGAACUCCAGACCCCUAACGCCCCUCACAGAAGACCCCAAUGAUUUAUCCAUCCUGACACCAGCUCAUUUUCUAAUAGGCGAAUCAUUAACCGCUCUGCCUGCUCCUGACUUCAGCGCCAGUCCGAUCGGCCGCUUGAGUCACUACCAGCGCCUUCAGCAACGAGUGCAGCAUUUUUGGCAUCAAUGGAAAGCCGAAUAUCUACGGGAGUUGCAGAAGGAGAACAGACACAUCGCACCAAACACUUCGUUUCAGCCAGGAAGAAUGGUGAUCGUCGUUGAUGAGUUUUUGGCUCCUGUGAAGCGGCCGCUAGCGAGAAUAGUCAGCGCAAGUCCAGGAGUAGAUGGUCUUACUCGAGUCGUCGAUCUUCGCACCAGCAGAGGUGUCAUCCGCCGACCGAUUACUAAAAUUUGCCUAUUGCCUUACGAAACCGAAAACGAGAAGGAAAAUUAA